GUGACUCAUUAUCAUAUGCGGGAUUAAGUGCAUAUUUACGUCACUAUCCAGCUUGCUUUCACCUUCUCACUAUCUGUUAAGGUCCUUUUAAUUUCGUCUCCCCUUGCCGGCUGUCUCGUCAUAUUAAUACCGGUAAUAUAAGAAGACACGAAGAAUGGCAACAGCGAGGUGUGACUUUGUGGUUCUUGGGGCCACGGGCUACACAGGACAAUAUGUGGCAGAGGAAAUUGGCCGAAUCGCCGAGGAGCACCCCAACCUGACAUACGCCUUCGCUGGCCGCAACAAGGAGAAGCUGGAACACACCUUGGAGACAGCACGAGUCAACACCGGUCUGGAGCUUGCCAAGGCUGAGCUGAUUGUGGUCAACGUGAAUGACGAAGAAAGCCUGAAGAAAAUGGCAGAGCGGUCGAAGGUCGUCAUAAACUGCGUGGGACCGUACCGUUACUAUGGGCUGAAGGUCGUGAAGGCAUGUGUGGAGGGCGGGGCGCACGUUGUCGACAUCAGCGGUGAGCCUCAGUACCUCGAGCAAGCACAACUGGAAUAUACCGAGGCAGCAGAGAAGGCCGGGAAGUAUGUGGUUGGGUCCUGCGGCUUCGACUCCAUCCCUGCGGACCUCGGCACCACCUUCCUGCAAGAGGUUUUCCCAGGAGAUGUGAACUCUGUUGAGGCUGUUGUUACCCUGGAUGAGGACUCCAAGGGGAAGUCGUCCAUCAACUUCACCACCAUGGAGUGUGCCGUGCUGGGCCUCACUCACAGCAAGGAACUGAAGGGGCUGCGCAAGAAGCUCUUCACCACCCCGCUGCCCAAGCCUGCCUACAAGCCUGAGCCACGAGGCAAGUUGUUCUACAGUGAGGAGGCCAAGGCGUGGUGUAUUCCCAACAUGGCAUCGGAUCGGUCAGUGGUGAUGCGGUCUCAGAGGAUCCUGUACGAGAAGGAGAAGAUGCGGCCCACCCAGUUCCAGGUGUACUUCGGCAUGAGUCGCAUCAAAGCCUACAUGGCGAUCCUCUUUGGCAUCUUCUUCUACGUGAUGACCAUGUUUUCGUUCACCCGGAAACUCUUGCUGCAGUACCCAGAGCUCUUCACCGCCGGAGUAGUCACUACCAAGGGUCCCAAGCGCUCUGAUCUGACCGGCCUCAAGUUCCUGGUGGUGCUGACAGGCAAGGGCUGGGACAAGAAGCUGGAGGACCCUGACCAGCAGCACACAGAGCCACCCAAUGUUACCAAGACUGUCAAGGUGAAGGGGCCAGACCCGGGGUACUUCGGCACUGCUAUCCUGAUCACGCAGGCGGCCAUGACCAUCCUGGAGGAGGAGGACAGGCUGCCGGGGAAGGGUGGUGUGUUCCCUCCAGCGGCAGCCUUCCGCAAGACCUCCCUUCGCCAGCGCCUUGAGAAGAAGGGCAUUUGUUUCGUUGCUUCUGAAUAAUUGCUUUAGAACAUUGCAGCAGCCGCCACCACCAAGACAACCUCUGCACUUGAAUCUGAAAACAUGUUGUCAAUGCAAGUCAACUCAAGAACAAAAGAAUGAACAAAUAAAGGUAGAUCACAACCUACAGGAAACUCUGCAUUCAUCACUCACUUAUGGAACAAGAGAAUAAACAAACACAGCAUUGAUAAAAUGACCCAAAUUGGAUUCAUCACAACUGUUCAACCCCAUAAAGGAAAAUGAGGAUGUCAAACAAAGAAGAAGAAUAACCGUGGGACAAAAAAAUAAACAAACCCAACCAAAACAGAAACUGAAUUGAAGAAAGGCUGCAUACAUAGACCUCUCCUCUUUUAUUCUUACAGUUUGAUGAUAGAAUUUCUUGCUGGUUUUCUUAGUGCAAUAUCUCAUGAAAUACAGUAAUAAGUAAGGAGUUGAUGUUGAUUUGCAUAAACUAAGUGAUAUCUUAGAGAAUAUUAAGUAUAUGUAUAUCUCCUAUAGUUUGAUGGCUAUGUAUCGUUUGCUGGUUUUCCCUCAGUGUGCCAACUUAAUAUAUAAAUAGUUGAAUUAAUGGUUUAAUGAAUCGCACAUAAGCAUUCAUAUAUAGGUUUCUUUCGUUAAUGAGGAAUUGAUGGCGAAAAGAUUGCACAUUAAGCAUUCAUAUAUAGCUUUUUUUCAUUACCGAGGAAUUGAUAGUGAAUAGAAUUGUGCAUAAGCAUUCAUAUUAGCUCUCUUUCAUUACCAAGGAAUUGAUGAUGGAAAGAACUACACCUAAGCAUGCACAUACACCUUUUUUUACUUCACCAUGAAUUACAGCAAGAAUUCACCCGACAGAUGCAGCUAAAAACAGAAUAAUGCCUUGUUUGUAUAUGGAGGGGGUGAAAAGAAUCGCACAUUAAGCAUUCAUAUAUAGGUUUUUCAACAUUUCCAAGCUCUCUGCCGCGCCUUUAAGUGAAUAAUGCCUCGUUUAUAUAUGAUCGCCCCUUUAACACUAAACGGCUCAUAUGAAAAUUAACAAUAUAAAUAACGAGGACCAUAUACCACGGGGUGAAAAGAAUCGCACAUAUAAGCAUUCAUGUAUAGGUUUUUCAACAUUUCCGAGCUCUCAGCCACGCCUUAUAAGUGUUCUUCCCAGUGGUUAAUAUUCUUGGAGGCCUUCAUGUUUGUGUGUCUUUUUCGCAGUUUGACGUGUGGAGUGUUCAGUGUUUACCCUUUAUUGCCUGUUUGUUUGUUGUUUAUUUUUGUGGGUAGGGAUGUGUGUGUGUUUGUCCCCUUACGAGAUUCCUUCAGCGUUAGGAUAAAUAAGAUAAAUAAUUGUAUACCGUAGUUGGAAGACGAUAUUUUUGUAUGCAGAGAAAGAGAGAGAAUGUUCAUAGUUUUCUUGUUAAAUUGAGUUAUAUAUUUGUAAAUUUGGCAUUGUAUAAAGUAAGAAAGAGAGAGAGAGUAGUAGCAAUUGUCAUGGCAUUGUUAAAUCAAGUUAUAUAUACGUAAAUUUGACAUGACGUAAAGAGAGAGAGAGUGAGUUGUGUUCAUGUUAGUUGUUGUUCAGUAUUUCUGUCUUCUAACAUUGAUGUGAAAGGGAGCGCAUACUAACCAAGGUCCAUAUAUACAAGAGACUGUGAUACUGAUUUAUAGCUGUCCCAUUGUGUACUGUUGCAAGGGAAUGUAUAAAAUAAAGAAAUCAUUAGUUGUC